CUUUCACGUACGAUACUAAUUUUGUUUAAUUUUUUUUUUAAAUAUGAUUUAUUGCCGAGGAUAAAAUCAAGCGAAGUGAUAUGGUACGCUGACUGUUAGAUUGUGUGUGGUAUUUAAAUGCUUUUUAUAUAGUUAUUGUCUGUAUUUGUAAUAAGUCGUAAAAUGGAACAAGACGAUGAGAUCAAAUCCGGUUGUUUACUAUUUCCCCCUGCAGGUGGAAAUGUGUUUAGCAAAUUUCCAAAAAAGAAAACUUGGCAACAAAAAUAUUGCAUACUUUUCAAUGCCAGCAAACAGGGUAUUGAAAGGCUCGAAAUAUAUGAUAGUAAGGACGAAGUCCUCACUGGUGCCAUACCGAAAAUAAUAACGCUCGAGAAUUGCAUAAAAAUAACUCAUUCUAGUCCAAAUACUAUAACAAUACUUACAAAAUCUGCUACACAACAAGUAUGUGCGCCAUCUGAACCUGAAACAUUGGAGUGGGUUACAGCAUUGCAAUCGGUGGCUUUUAGAGGUAGAGAUUCCAAUCCUAUAAGUUGUGAUGAAGACAAUGAUCUCUACUGUUCCUCUGGUGAGGGUAUAUUCUCAGUAAAAAUGUGUACAUCAGAUGCAUCAACAAGAUGUGGUUUUGAGCCCAUUAGAUAUCUACUUCUUCUUACAUCCAUUGCCAUAGAGUUGAGAGACGUAAAUGAUAACAAGUUGUAUGCUACAUGGCCAUACAGAUAUAUAAGGAGAUAUGGAUAUAGACAGGGUAAAUUUACUUUUGAAGCUGGAAGGAAAUGUGAUACUGGUGAGGGCAUCUUCCACUUGGAGCAUCCUAAUCAAUCAGAAAUAUAUAAAUGUUUAUCAUUAAAAAUGAAAACAAUGAAACAGAUGAUUGGUAGUGAAAAUUUGAAUAGCCCAGAACACAGUGAAUUUAAUAUUCAAUCCAGUGCAAAUCUAUUUCCUGGUUCGAGAAGUCCAUUGGUGGCUGCAAGACCAGAUGAUUUAAAUUUGAGUUCUCUGUCUUUUAAAACAACAUCAGUAUCAAGUCAGCAGAGUAUUUGCACUGAGAGAGAUAUAGUGCCUUUAUUAAUGCCGAAACCAGCUCUUAAACCCAAACCACAGAAACCGCCGCGUAAGAUUAUCAACCUUCUUAAACCAGUAAAUAAGGAAGUAAACAGUAAUGAUGAAUGUACAGAUUUUGGUAGAUAUAAGAAACUUGACAACUACGAGCCUAUUGAUCAAGUGAAACGAGAUCUUAGCCCCACAGUGCCAUAUGACAAAGUAGAAGUACGCAGUGAAGCAUGGAGAACAUUUGGAAUUGAAGAUCCGGAUCACCAAGAAUUUGCACCUAAUCUGAGUGAUAGUUCACAAUGCUUAAAACUAAUAUCAAGAUCACAGGACAACUUGAACAGUACUGGAGCAGAAUCUUCAAGAAUCAUCCUCCUACCUAGUCCUGCUGUAGAUCCUGAAGAUGAAAACUACGAUAGAUUGCAAUACUUUGGUUCUACAAGUAAAUUGAAUAAGUCUUCAGGCUAUAAAAAAAUCGAAGCCCGUCCCACUACGUUGACUUUGAGUGAGGCCAAACAUAAAGAUACGUGGAAUGAUUAUGACGAAGUUGAAAAUGUGAUGCAAACAGCAAGAUUGGCUGAUGAUUCUCACUUAGGGUAUGGCAUGAUCAGAAAGCCUAAUACUCCUGGUCCGCAAGUGCCAACUGCAGCUCAGGUACAAGUCUUACAGAACCAAGUAGGUUUGGAUGAAGUAAACCACAACAAUUGUAAUGGAACAGACUAUGCUAUUGUGAGCCGUUCAAAACGAGUAUGACACAGUUAAACAAGACUGAUUUCUACAUGUUUAUACAUUUAAUCACCUUUCUAUGUUAGAAAAUUACUUUGAUAAAUGACAUAAUUAUUUAGGCCAAUUGUAAUCGAAAUUAUUGUGAGACUGUAAUCCGUAUUGCAUUCCAUUUAUACAUUCUAUUAAUUUAAUUAAGGAUCUGAUAUAUUAAUCAUGCAGUGUGUUUUAAUUUUUAGAUUUAAAGGCAACUAGGAGCUUGAAAGCUUACUGCAAAUCUAUGAGUAAGAAGUGAGUUAACUGUUAAUAAACUGAAAAUGUACUGUAUUCAUAAUGCAAUUACGAUUGCUUAAAGUACGGUUUUUUUAAAAGUCAUGCUUGUUAAUUCUGUCGGCAUUUUAUUAUUACAGAUUAUUGUUAAGUAAUUCUUGUGCCUUGUAUAUGUAGAAUUUAUACAAUAUUAUGGGAAAGAUAUGUUUUUAGUAAAAGAACAAUUAUUAAUUUUUUUAAAUAAUAUAGUACAUAAAUUUUGAAGAAGAAUGAUGCUGGGUUAUUGAAAGUGCUAACCGAUUGUUAACCUUAAUUUGGCCUGACCAAAAAAAUACAUAACCUUUUUCUUUUCUCAACUCAAGAACUGUCUUUUAAAUUGUCAGAAAGGCUAAUUAUGAUCUAUGUAGUCUGUUUUAAACUUACUGAAAGCACUUCUUUCUCUUAAAUAAGUGAUUACCAUUUGGUGCCAAUAUACAUUUGAGAAUUUUUUAUCUAUUUAAGGUAAUAUUAAAGU